ACCAUCCCAGCACCCUCCUUCCUAAUCUUGGGAGGCAUCUCGUCUGGCUGAACUGGAGAAUUCCGGGAUCUAGGCCAUACUCUUUAGCAGACAGCCCCAUCCUGGGGAGGAGGAGCAGGAGACAGCCUGAGGAAGAACUGGGGGGGGAGGGGGUGAUGGGAACAAGGUCAGGCCAGGAGGCCCCUGAGGACGGACUGUGGGGAGAGUGGGACUGAGGGGAAAGCAAAGGAACUAGAGCCAGGGCCAAAGGAAGAGGGGGGCCAGCGGGAGGUAUUUGCGGGGGAGGUUCAGCAGCUGUCUUUCCUAAGACAGGGACACAUGGGCCUGGUUAUUCCUCUUGUCACAUGUGGAGUGGUAGGAGAUGGAAGAGGGAGAAAGACCAGGCAGGCAAAGAGGGCACUGGCACAGAGAUAAGUGGGCUUAGCCAUCGGAGCCACUGGGCCCCAACAGAGUGGUACCUGAGCACAGCUUAAUCCAGCACAGGCACCCUCUCAGCUUGAAGGCCUCUCAAACUGUCCAAACUGCUUCCUGGUAACACUGACCCCUGACAGGGUCUUCUGUAAUACAGGCGACACCCACAUUCCCACUUGCAAAGGGGGCAUAAGACAUGACCCCCAGAGGGUUAUUGGCGAGAAAAGCAGGAAAGCAAGAGUCCUAGUAGAUUUUAGCAGCAGGUGUGGUGUCCAGGGAAAAGAAAUCUGGACACCCAGGAACUGAGAGACCCACCUGUCUAAAGCCAGACCUCCGUGCCCUUCCUCAGGGACAAAAGUGUCCUGCCAGAAUCCUCCUGGAAAAAACCUGUUUCCCUCCCAUCUUCUCCCCCAACCAGGUCCCAGGUUUCCCAUCUCCUAGGGAAAGACAGAUCCCCCUGUUCAAAUCUUCUGUGUGGUGUGCGUGGGUGGAGGAGCUGGGGCUCCGCUAGCGAACCAUGGUCCAGGCAGGGGCUCCAGGUCCUGCGCGGGUGGGAGGAGAAGGCGUCACUUCCGGGGGCCAUUGCCAGUGUCUAGUGGCUCCCUGCUCUCUGAUUGGGCAGAAGUGGCCCGGGCAGGCGUGUGACCCCACUGCCCUGGAGGGGCUAUGCCCCAGCGCCACCUGUUUUCCUACCCAUCUGCUCCCCAGAGUGCCGCCUGCUCCGCACCUGGGUCCUGGAGCCCUUCUCCACCCGAGCCAGUGCCCAGACGUUAACCCUUUGUCCACACCCGUCCGGCUGCCUGCUGUGGACUUCAGCUUGGGAGAAUGGAAAACCCAGACAGAGCAGACCAAGGCACAGGACGUUCUGGGAGCCGCGACCCUUCUGCUGGAGGCAGUGAUGGCAGCGCGGGGACAACUGGGACCCACUUGCCUCUCAUCCCUACUGGUGCAGCUUUCUGGACAGGUCCGCCUCCUCCUUGGGGCCCUGCAGGGCCUCCUAGGAACCCAGCUUUCUGCACAGGGCAGGACUACAGCUCAAAAGGAUCCCAGUGCCAUCUUCCUGAGCUUCCAACGACUGCUCCGAGGAAAGGUGCGUUUCCUGCUGCUUGUAGUGGGACCCACCCUCUGUGCCAAGCGGGCCCCACCUACCACAGCUGUCCCGGGGAACACCUCUCCAUUCCUCACACUGAACAAGCUCCCAAACAGGACUUCUGGAUUGUUGGAGACAAACUCCAGUGUCUCAGCCAGAACUACUGGCUCUGGACUUCUGAACAGGCUGCAGGGAUUCAGAGCCAAGAUUCCUGGUCUGCUGAACCAAACCUCCAGGUCCCUAGACCAAAUCCCUGGACACCUGAACAGGACACAUGGACCCCUGAGUGGAAUUCACGGACUCUUUCCUGGACCCACACCCAGGGCCCUAAGAGCCCCGGAUAUUCCUCCGGAAACUUCAGACAUGGACUCCCUGCCACCCUACCUCCAGCCUGUAGAGUCUCCUUCCCCAGCCCAUCCUCCUCCUGGACAGUACACACUCUUCUCUCCUUCACCAACCUUGCCCAUCCCCACGGUCCAGCUCCAACCCCUGCUUCCUGACCCCUCUGCUAUCACACCCAACUCUACCAGCCGUGUUCUAGUUGCAGCCCACCCUCACUUCCGGAAUCUGUCUCAGGAAGAGUAAGGUACUCAGGCACUGCCGACAUCAGCAUUGCCUCCCAAGUACAAUCCCCUUACUCGGAGGAGAGGCCCUGGGAGACAACUGCAGCUAUACAGGCAUACCUCAUUUUAUUGCGCUUCAUUUUAUUAUGCUUUACAGAUACUGCAUUUUUUACAAAUUGAAGGU